CCCACUCACACUCUCAGUCAGAGCGCGGCGUUGACAGCCACUGAUCAACCCACUUUGUCGGGGUUUGUGUCUCCAUGCAAGACUGCUGAAAAGAGAAACUCUGACUUUUUCUUUUUAUUCUUGCAAAGCAAAUCGUGCACUGCCUGCCGGGAGAAACCGUCAACGGCUGCAGAAUUCACCAAAAAAAAAAAGAAAAAAAAAAGAAGUAAAAACAAGCAAACAAAAAAAAAACCUUUUAAAGUUAUUUUUUUCUAGAAUCCCCCCACCGUCUCUGCACAACAAUGUCUGGAGAGGACGCACCUGCUCAGCAGCAAAACGCCGUGGACCAGAAGCAGGAGACCAAGCCCGCCGAGGAGCCCAAAGCCGAGCCGCCCAAGACGGAGUCCGCGGAGGCAGCGGCCACCCCGGCGGCGACCACCGAGAAGGCCCCCGAGGAGGAGACGUUCACCUACCGCGCUCUGGUGCUCACCGGCUACGGAGGCUAUGAUAAAGUCAAGCUGCAGGUGAAGAAGGGCAAGCCGGCGCUCAAAGCCGGCGAGGUGCUGGUCCGGGUCAAGGUCUGCGGGCUCAACUUCGCCGACCUGAUGGCCAGACAGGGUCUCUACGACCGGCUGCCGUCCCCGCCGGUCACCCCGGGAAUGGAGUGCUCCGGGGUGGUGGAGGCUGUGGGGGAAGAAGUGACGGACAGAAAAGUUGGUGACAAGGUGAUGGUGCUGAACCGCUUUGGGCUGUGGCAGGAGGUGGCUGUGGUUCCAGCCAGCCACACCUUCCUCAUCCCAGACGGGAUGAGUUUUGAGGAGGCAGCUGCCCUCCCAGUCAACUACAUCACCGCCUACCUGAUGCUGUUUGACUUUGGCAACCUGCGGCCCAACCAGAGCGUCCUGGUCCAUGCUGCUGCAGGUGGCGUUGGCAUUGCAGCCACUCAGCUGUGCAAGACUGUGAAAGAUGUGGCCGUGUUCGGCACCGCGUCAGCAAGCAAACAUGAGGCCAUCAGUCAGGGUGGGGUCACGCAUGCCAUCGACUAUCGCACCAAGGACUAUGUGGAGGAAGUUCGCAAGAUCAGUCCAAAAGGGCUGGACAUCAUCCUCGACCCACUCGGAGGAUCAGACACCCACAAGGCCUACAAUCUGCUGAAGCCUAUGGGAAAGCUCAUCACCUAUGGUGCGGCCAACAUGUUGGCGGGUCAGAGGAAGAACCUGAUCGCCGUGGCUAAGAACUGGUACCACCAGUUCUCCAUCCACACGCUCAGCCUUAUUCAAGGCAACAAGUCGGUGUGUGGAUUUCACCUGGGCUACCUGGACGGGGAGAUGGAGCUCAUCACCCAGGCCAUGAACACCAUCCUGGAUCUGUACAAGCAGGGCAAAGUCAAACCACGCAUCGACUCCACCUGGCAUCUUGAGCAGGUUGGCGAUGCCAUGAGAAAGAUGCAGGAGAGGAACAACAUCGGUAAAGUGAUCCUCACCACCGAGCCCAUGCCGGAGGAGGAGAAGAAGGAAGAGGCCAAGAAGGAGGACAAGAAAGAGGACAAGAAGAAGGAGGAGAAGAAGAAGGACGACAAGAAGAAGGACGAUGGAAAGAAGGAGGAGAAGAAGGAUGACAAGAAGAAAGAGGAGCCUAAGAAAGAGGAGAAGAAGGAAGAGCCCAAGAAUGAGGAGGAGAAGAAUGAAGAGGCCAAGAAGGAGGAGAAGUGAGAGGGAAAGAUGGAUAGUCAAGCAGACCAGCAGCAGGGAGUUUGUGUCCUGGGAGCAGGGGAGGUGGCAGGGAUGAGCUUGGUGGUGGAGCUGCAGGGGGAUGGGGGUGGAGUGGUAGCAAAGAUGGGAAGGAGUUGGGAUAAAUUGGAAAUUAUCACACCAGUCUCAGUCUUUUACCUCCCUUCUGCCUCACCUACUGGGUGAUUUAAGCGGGCAUGGCUGCUCCCACCUCCCGUUUCCUUUUCUGUUCCUCAUAUUUAGCUCUUUAAAAAAAUGUUUUUUUAAAUCUGAUCCUUCAGACCCCCUAUAUGCUCUAAUCUCAUCUCCCACCCUCUGCCCCUCACAGUAUUAAUCGAUUUUUGCUAUUGGGAAUCAAAGCAUCAGGAGAGCCGUGGAGGAUGGUGGGUUUGGUCCGAGCCUGGAGGCAAAUUACCAUCUCCCUGACAACCUUAAUCUCCUUUCACACUCCGGCCCCACCCUUGACCCUCCGUGCCCCCUCUGCAUCUCGACUCCCACCGUGUUAAAUUGUUCUGCUCUGACUUCCACCUGCCGCCUCCUCUUCUUCCCCCCCCCUCACUGUGCUGAGUCCCCCCCAUCCCUCACCAACACACACAUCUCCCACAGCAUCACCACCACCACCCCAACUCACCCACGAGCCGGACCCACAGACAGGCACCGAAGGCAGGCAGAUAAACCGAGAACCACACCCACCCACCGGCACUUGUUUUCUGUGUCCAGCUUGGUUAUGUCACUACUGAUGAGUCAGAGAUGCUUCUGAUUGGCUGAUGCUCCUCACCUUCCCUGGAGAUAUUUUCAUUGUAGUUUUUUCGCUCAUCAUGUUUAAGUAUGUAGAAAAAAAACAUCUUAGAGCUUCAGAGCAAUGGAAAUGCUUUCCCAUCAAAUUCCAUUCGAGUUCAUGUCCUUGCUUUUCCUCUCAUAAUGAGCCUCUCUGUGCUCUGUUGAAUAGCCUGGCUGAUAUUAUUUUCCAGCUUCCUUCUCCUUAGUUACAGAUUUUUCUACCCGACCAACUGUUGGCAAGAAGUUCAGGGUGCCAAUUAAGAGAGAAAUUGUUUCUGUGCAAACACACAGACAUGCACGCUCCAAAUGCGAUGAAAGAGCCGCUGUCGCACCAAGACAGCGAGGCGCUUGAAGUGAGCAAGUGAAGAGGGUUUUUUUUCUUUCGUUUUCCUUUGCUCUGGACUUUCUUUCCUCCCUGAACCUCAGAGAGGAAUUUCAUUGCAUUCCUCGCUUCCUUUCGAUCACACUGACCCAGGAGAGGCGAAUUCAGCCGGCGCUGUUGUCCGCUCUUCGCCUCCCCACCUCCUCCCUCUUCCUCCUCUUUCUGUUUCCCUCUUUGUGGUCGGCAUAGCAACAGGCGUCAGGCUCAUCAGAGAUGGCACUGUGGUCUCUCUCUCUUCUUGUUUUCUUCCCUCUCUCUGUGUCUCCUUCAUGCUCUUCUGACUCUGCGUUUGCCAGCAGUUGGUGCUGUCAGCCGGUAUUUCAACAGGUUGAAGAUGUUUUAGUAAUAUGAAUCAAAACAGCAGGCGAGGCUGUUUUUUAAGCAUUUAAUAAGACUCGGCUAGCCUUAUUUCAACCCUGUCUAAAGUCUAACAUGUUACUUUAACAGUUGGGUUCGUAACUGUGGCUAUUAACGGCUAACAUUACAUCUACAUUAAAAACUCGAAUGCUAAAAAUAACUGAAAUUUUAACAACUACACUGGUGUGAAGAAGUAUUUUCUUCUGUUUUUCCUUUCUUUUAACCACAUUGAACAGUUUGUCCAGCAAAUCAAAGAUAAUUAGAGUGAAUAACAACAUCUAGUUUUCAAUCGAUGAUUUUAUUAAGGGAACAAAGCUAUCCAAAUCAGUCUGGCCUUGUGUGAAGAAGCAAUUGUCUGCUAAAUUUAAUAACCCUAUGUCUAAUAACUGGUUAUGCCACCCUUGGCAACAAGUACCGGCGUCUUGCUUUUGCAAUAACUGGAAAUGAAGUUGUUUUUUUUUUUUACUUUGUACCAUUGGUCUUUGCAGAACUAUUUUAAUUCUUUUUAUUUGUCCACUCUCCCUUGGAUGCCAUUUUUGCCUAAUCACUUACUUGAUUGGAGCAUUCUGUGUGGGUUUAACCACAAUCCAUCUAGCGAGAAAUCUAAUAUUCCUCAAAAUACUGGAGGGUAUAAACAUAAAUAAAAAGAGCACAUUUCCUGACUUUUUUGGAUACCUUUUAUUCUUAAUAGUUCAGUAUUUAAAAAUUGCGUUAUGUAUUUAAUGAGGCUAUCCUAAACUGACAUUAUGAUGUGUUUAAUGAUGUGAAACAUCUAAGUGUAACAAAAAGGAAAAAACAGAAGAGAAACACUUUUACAUGACACCGUCUGCCAAAAGGGUGGAGAUGAUAAAUCAUGUGAUAAAAUGCAGUUUUUCUUUCUACCUGUAACUAGUAGCUGUGCUACACAGUGCUAAUGCUUGUGUAACGUGACUGUUCAGUUUCUAAUGCCAACAGUGUGUGUCAGUGGCCCUUUACUUGCUAGUGUAGCACACUGCUGCCCCGCUUAUGGACAUUGAAAAUUUCAUCUCGGUGUCAUCAUCCUUAAACAUGACGCCUUCCUGACUACCUGCCUGCCUGCCUGCCUCUGGGUCCGGCUUCAGUGUUCAGACUCAGAUGGUGACUAGUGACUUUGUAAAAAACAAACAAAAAAAAUGUUUCCAAAAAAGAAAAAAAAAAGUUUUUGUGUUGGCAUGAGUGGCCUCCCUCAUGUGCUGUGUGUGGUGUGCCAUUGUGUGUGAAGACGUGUGUGUCCUCAGGUCGUUUGUCAGGUUUUAAAAUCACUCUCCCUCCCUGCCACAUUCCCACCUCACACUACUCUGCUACAGAACGACGUAGCUUCACAUUGACCCUCCUCCAUCUCUCCCUCCUGUCUGAUAAGAGGCCUGUGUUAUGAGGACAGUUGGUAUUAGUAUUUUGCACUCUGCUCGCUGAUCUUAAUGCACUUGCAAGCAUGGCGGUGGCACUCCAGUCUCAGCCUGGCUUUGAGUUGUCUUCUUUCUUUUUUUCUUUUUUUUUUUUUGUUGCUCCAGAUUUGCAGCCCGUUUCUUAUCCCUUCAGAACAGGUGGCACAAACGCAUUCACUUGUUUAAAGGUUCCACUCAUGUGCUCCAACUUUUCAAAUGCAUUCAUCCUUUCUUGGCUGUGGGAAACAAAACGCGGAGCUGGGUGAGAUGGACUGGAGUGCGACCGCCAUACUGGUGUGGGGAGUGAUUGUGCUCUGUCAGCCUCUGGUUAGUGUUCUGUUCUAAUCUGCUGGGCUCCCUUUGUGAACCUGUGGACGGUGCUUCUGUUCCGAGUGCCAUGUGAGAAACAAUUGCUUCAGUUAAAAAAAAAAAAAGAAAGAAAGAAAGAUGUUUUACUUACUAUGUUAUUUUGAUUUACCUUUAUUUUUUUGUUGUUUUUUUUGUUGUUUUUUUUGUUAUCCAAGGGUUUAAAGUUCAAAGCUCAUACAGUACUCUGUGGGGACCCGCUAACCUGCACUCCUUUUAAAUGUGAUAAAGUUGGGGGUUUUUUCUGUUGGUCCAAACCAUGUGUGCCAAAUUGUAUGUAUAUUCCUCUGUCAAUGCUUUGAAUAUUAACAGUGCAUAAAAAUAUAUUAAAAAAGAAUCUGCCUUGGGGUGCAUUUCCAUCAACCCAGAAGAGGGGGAAAAAUGCAGAAAAGCACCAGUUUUCUAUAUCAGGGAAUAAUGGGACUUUUUUUCAAAAAGUUUGUGGGUUUUAAUUGGUUGCUCAGACUUAGGUCUGUUUCUGUUUUCUCUCCUUUCAAAAAGGUUACCUCUAUAAGAAUCAGAUUAUCCUACAACUAAAAGGAAGGAGAGAUUAGGACUCAAAACUUCACUAGAUUUCCCCAAAAUCCAAAGCUUCACCGCAUUCUUCUGUGCAUACGUUUCUGCCAGCGUGUUUGCAAAUGGUCCGUAUAGCAAAGU